AUGACGGAAAAUCAAACAGAAAAGGUGACCGUCGGCGGAGAUGCAGAAGGACCUUGCGAGUCCGUAAAUGUUGCUGCAGCUCCAAUUAGAGUUCCAGUUUUUUGGCCGCAAAAAGUAGCGCUUUGGUUUCGGCAACUAGAAGCUCAGUUCACUAUAGGUCGUAUUACAAAGGACGAGACGAAAUUUGGAUAUGUGGUAGCUCAGCUGGAUGGAAAAUACGCGGAGGAAGUAGAAGACGUUAUAUGCAAUCCUCCGGAGUUUGAUAAGUACAAGGCUAUUAAGACGGAGUUGAUUAAACGGCUAACGGAUUCGGGCACAACACGCAUCCGGAAAUUAUUGGAGACGGAAGAAAUUGGCGACCGGACCCCGACACAAUUUUGGCGUCAUCUGAAGGAAUUGGCUGGUUCGUCGGUCAACGAUGAAUUUUUAACCGAAGUUUGGAAGGAUCGUCUUCCAGUAAAAACGCAGCUUGUGCUAGCAGCGACGUCCGAUAAGGAUGGAGUUAAAUUAGCCGAGAUCGCGGAUCGGAUUCAUGAAAUACCGGUCGAGCGUGGACGAAUUGCCGUUGUGUCUCACGUUUCUGAAAUGGAAUUGUUGCGAGAGGAAUUGAAACAGAUGCGUAUUCAACUAGAUGCAGUUGCGAAUAAUUCGCGCAGACAGCGAUGGCGAUCGCCUGCGCCAAGUCAAUUUCGGAGACGUUUUUCUAGUAACAGUCGGCAACGGGAUAAGAGUGUCUCUCGUGAAUUGUGCUGGUAUCAUCACAAAUAUGCUGAACGAGCUGCGAAGUGCAUUCCCCCGUGCAACUGGUCAGGAAACAAGCCGGAAAACAAGUAG